AUGGACGGAAAGGGGAAUCGAGAUCCAGGAGCCCUUCUGGAUGCAACGGGCAUGGACGACCUUGCAGGAUUGGACGACAACAAGGAAGAGAGCAUUCGGGUCUGCACUCGUAUGCGUCCUCUCUUUCCUAAGGAGGUUGAGGCUCGCCAUGUAAAAGCGUGGAGAGUGGAGAGAAGCUCCUUGGAACUGAUUGUCGAGCCCCCGUCUCAGUUAGAGAUGGAAGAAAGCCGACAGACAGCAGCAGGAAAAGCCGUGCUGGGCACGAUGAAGAAAGCUGCAGAAAAGUCCCAAGGACAGAAAGACAUCAUUCAGAGACACUAUGUUUUUGACCGCUGCUUCGACGACAACACCCACAACUCUGAGGUGUUUGACUACGUGGCAAAGGACAUCGUUCUGGAUUGCUUCAAAGGGAUCAACGGUUGCGUCUUUGCUUACGGACAAACAGGUUCUGGAAAGACUCACUCGAUCAUGGGAGUUGCAGACGACCCUGGCAUUCUUCCUCGAUCUCUUGCUGAGUUUUUCGACUGCGUUACGGACCCGUCUUUGCUGAAGGAAGAAGAAGAGGAGCUGAAGAGACAACAGGGCGACGAGGGAGACAGGAACGGGAAAGAUGAUCACCACGAUGAUGCAGAAACUGAAAACACAGAGUACCUCAUGCGCGUGUCGUACGUCGAAAUCUACUUGGAACGCGUGAACGAUCUGCUACAGGAGUCCGCGAAGGGAGGAGCAGUGGAAAAUUUGGAAGUGAAGGAAGACCCAAAAAGGGGAUUCGUCGUCGUGGGGCUUCACGAGGAGACUGUGGCGACGAUGGAAGAAGCUAUGAGCUUGAUUGCCGCAGCUGAGCAGAGAAGACACUUUGCAAGGACAAAUUUCAACGAAACGUCUUCGCGGUCCCACGUCGUUUUCUCCAUCACCCUCGAGUCCACGCGGACGUUUGAGGACGGCUCGAAUAUAAGCCGAAGAGGAGAACUGAAGAUUGUCGAUUUGGCAGGAAACGAGAAAGCAGGUCGUGCUUCGGAAGGGGUCGAGAACGCAAAGCUUGUCAUGGAAGAAGGAAAAGCCAUCAACAAGUCCCUUUUCCUUUUGUCCGAGGUCAUUUCCAAGUUGUCAAAGCAGGCGCAGCAGCAGGCUGAAGGGAAACUGAAGAAAGGCGAGAAGGAAGUGUAUAUACCCUGGAGAGACUCGAAGCUCACAAGGCUUCUUCAGAAAGCUCUCGGGGGGAACAGUCGCGCGUCGGUGCUGGUUGCUGUCCACCCCUCCAACAUGUAUCUCGAUACGUCCUUCUCCACUCUUCGUUUCGCUCUCAAGUGCAAGUCCAUCAAAAAGAAGGUGUCUGCGAACUUUUUUUCUCCGGAGCAGUCUCUCAUCGCCCAACAGAAAAAGCUUAUUUUGAGAUUGCAGUCGCAGCUCAAAGCCAUGGCAGGCGCAGGCUUAUUCGACCACCUACCCCAGCGUGCCGCACAGAGUCCGGAGAACAACGAGGAAGUUCAACAACUAAAGAUCGAUUUGGAGAAGAAGAUCAACAAGUUCCAGCAGUUCAUCAUGAAAGCCACGAAGCCGACUGCGGGAGUGUUUGGCGUAUCCGGAACGCUCUCAAAGAGAAAAACGAUGCGCGGCUCCCAAGGCUUGUCGGGCUUCGAGGGGUUCCGGCGUCUCGACACGCUGGCUGCCGCCAGACAGAAUCUGCGUACAAUCGACAAGCUGAACAGCGGGGAUAUCUACUCAGGAGAAGUCUCAGGUGUCAGUUUGACAAAGGCGUUUGGAUUAGUCGCUCGGAAACAAGCGAAUCGACUGACGCGAGACGGGACGCGUCCGGACUCGUACGGGUCUUUGUCUCUGGGUCACAUGGACACCUUCGAGCCUGCGAUCGACGCAGCUGUGCAGGAACUGGAAGACAUCGACGAUCGUUUCGAAGAGGUUUCUUCGACCUCCGAGGAGGAGGAAGGUGGAGGCUCGGAGCCAGAGUCUCGGGAGCUGGCCAAGGAGGUCGACUGGGACGAGGCGAAAGGGGGGCGAGACGAAAACGUUGCGGGAAGCGAAACUCGACGAGGCGUCAGCGAUGAGGAAACAAAGCCGGAAGAAGCUGAGGCUUCAGUGUCCUCCAGAGACUCGUCGCCGUCUCCUCGCCAAACAGCCGGAAAAGCCGCGGCAGCGACGGUGGAUAAGGAGGCACGGGUCAAGGAAGGCCGGGGGAGGAAGAGUGAGAAAAAGGUGCUGAAGGCGACGGUGAGGAUUGCAGAUGAUGUGGAUGAGGUUGAAGAGGCGAGCCCGUUGGGCAGUCCGAGCCGAGUGAGUUUUGUGGAGGAGAAGAAGGGGAAGACAGCCGGCGAAGGAGGGAAGAAGAAGUCUGCUCUGAAGAAACGCAGCGAAAGCCCCGAGGGUGACGAGAAGGCGCCGCCAAAAUCUGCGCUGAAAAAAACGAAAAAGAAGGUCACAAAGAAGAAGGUGAAGGCCAGGGGAGGAGAGGAGAGGGAAGGCGACAAGGCGGAGGAGAAGGAAGACGAGGCGACCGACGUCGAGGAAGAGCUGGAAGAAGAAGACAGGGAACAGUUGAAGGAAGACAAAGUGAAGAUGGAGGAGAAACUCGUUCGUUUGAGAAACGAGAAAAACAUGCUUCUCGAAAAGCUGAAGAAGGCCAAAGCCCUCGGACUUGAAGCCGUCUCUAGACUCACUUUCCGUUUCCAGACGGAGCACGACUCAGUGAAGAAGCUGCAGCAGCGGGUCCACGACCUCAUGUUGCAGACGCGGUACAACUCCGUGAUUAUGAACAAAUUGGGAUUGUCUGUGCUUUUCACGGCGAGCGUACCAGCUGUGGAGCCCCGACCCGAGGGUCUCGAGGCGCAAGGCUCUGCCACGUCGCUGCCCGCAAUCGAGGACGAGAACCAGCUGAAGGACGCGGAGAAGAAGUUAGUCAAACGGUCCAUGCGCUUCGCCGACUUCCUCAAGUCAUUCCAGGAACGCGGUGGAGUUCCCGAAGCCGACAGGGACGCGUCAGGAAAAGGACUCGCAGGUGAACUUUCUCCUGAUUGCUUCGAAUUCACUUCUCCUGCGGACGCCUUCAAGGGUCUCAUGUUCCCCGACAUCGACCAGGUCAAGCCUCUCGCGUACGCCAUGCUCAACGAUGUCCUUGCACGCUUGAUGGUCUUGCAGGCGCAAGCGUCUCGCGACCUCACCGACGACGAAGAGAGGGCAACGACGGAAAACAGCAGACUCUUGGAAACGUCUUUAAGCAUCAUGAGGGGAGAAGGAAUUCCAUCUGCUCGCACUAAUGCCUCCGAGAAUCCCGAGGAGCGCGAGCCACUCGAACAGAUUGAGGAGAUUUUAGGCCUCGCUCCAAGCACUCACCCGCCAAAGGAGACCACCGGACCUACAAUGGACGGCAAAAUCAAGGAAGAGGACGAAAUGUACCUCCAGGGUACCGAGGUGAAGCGACAGCGGAUCGUGGAUAGCGUUCUGUCUUUGUUGACGCCUUGGGAACAAAACAUGCUCGCGAUGCUGUACGAACAGCAGGAGAUGCGCCGCGCACUCGGCGAACUCAGGGACCAUUUCUUCGGCAAACUCAGGGAAAUGCAGCUGCGAUUCAAACGCGCAACGCUUGAGAGGGUGGAGUUCUCCGACCACUGCGAGCGCCUCCUCGGGGCUUUGAUGGAGUUCAAGGCAGAGCUGCAACGUCGACAGGAGAAGAAGAUCGUGGAGGAAGACACGAACGCAAAGUUCGGGAAGUUGAUGAGCAAAAUCGAAGAAAUGUCGAUCCAACUCUCCGAGAGGAAUGCCGACUUCCGACUUCUCACAUAUGAAUACAAGGAACUGAUGAAACGAAAUGAUGUUCUGCGGAGUUACAUCGACAAGCUGAAAGUGGAGAAAGCUGCGUUGCUUGUGGCGCCUCAGUCUCUGUCUCACUAUGAAGAAAUCAACGCGUCGACUCCAGACACGACGCUUCGUUCUUUGGGCUACGACGUCUGCAUUCUCCAACGCUACGGUUCUCGACUCUUCGUUGAACUCGAGGAAGCGCGAGCAGCCGAGGCAGAGAUGCGGAAACUCAAUGAGAAACUUUACACCGAGCUCGCUGCAGCGAACGACUGUGUGAACGAUCUGAAGACUCACAUCAACCUCGCAAAUGCUGUUCACUCACGCACUGUUUCCGGUCUCAAGACGCAGGUGGCGGAUUUGCGAGAGGAACUCACGGAGAAGGACGCACGCAUUAAGGAACUCGAGGAAGAACGUGACGCUCUUCGCAAGCAAGCGGCACAGCGGGAGGGUGCCCCGAGUGAGGAAGAGGCUGCUUUCCAGUCUCAAAGCUCUGGCCUUGUGGAAGAUGGCAAAUCUCUCGGAAAACAUGCCGUCACGGCUGACAAAGAAGACCUCAUUCGCUCCGCAAGCGAUUCGGACUCGCACGGUCGCCCGGAGGAAAAGAAGAAGAAGACAGCAAAGAAAGCAGACAGAGAGAAGACCAAGAACAAGCCAAAGGCUGCAUCUGGAACAAAGAAGACACGAGGCGCCAGCGCGUCGCCCACGCGUCAGGUGGCCAGCGCGAAGCCUGCGUCGAAUCACCAAGAGGCCGCACUUCCAGCAGCUGCGAAGCCUCCCAAGAGCCGCCCGACAGGGACCCGUGCGGUCCCCGGCACUUUGUCCGGGAAGAAAACUGCAAGCCCUGCGGUGGCGACGUCCGCGGAUCGCGAAGCUGCGGCGAAAGCAGAGCCGCCGAAGACUGUAGAGAAAGUCAGUUCGACCCAUGCUUCUCCUCCUUCACCUUCUUCUCCAGUGAGUGGAAAGCCUGUCUCAAGUCCAGAUCAACAAGCGGCGGCAGCUCCGUCGGCUCCUGCUGUGGUCUCUGUGGUAAAAGCCCCCGCGUUCACGGGAGAUCCCAGAGACAAAGGCUUUGCAAACAUGGCCGCUUUGAUACGGAGGCGCGCGCCAGCUUCGUAAGCAGGGAAACCGGUAAUAGACGUGCUUAUGCAGCGGUUUACCCUCCAUUUCGUGCGUACUCAGAGCGUGGAAUACCAGUCGCACAACCCCAGAAGCGAGAGUGAGGAACUCCACAGAUUCGGGUGAGGGACAUGGGGUUCAAAGGGGCGACGGGAAGGACAAACAUCAGCGAGUUUUUGGUUGGUUGUGAGUGGAGGUGUCGAAAGAAA